GGGCGGAACCCUGUGUCGUCUGCUUGCAGACCUCUCAUCAAUAUCGAACAGUGAGCAGGUUCAAUAUCUGCCCAGCUUCCCUUCCUGUAUUCGCAAUCCACGGCCUCAGAAUGAAGGGUCGGCUGUUAUUGUGGUACCCUUUCCAUAGGCAACGCGUCUGCUAUGCGAGCUGGAACAGAGGUCGUUGUUUGCCUCUUUCUCAUACGGCCCUCAAGAACUCCAGUUCUUUUCUGCAUAAUAAUAUCAGCACAGUAGCAUACAAGGGAAAUGACUGGCAAACAUUUGUAACCUUUGCUAGCUAUCUUACACCUCGACUGGCACUCACUUACUUACCGCGAUCACCACAGAGCCACUACUACCACCGUUAAGAUAAACACAACGAGUACUCGAAACUUAGACGACAAAGAGAAUUUAUUUGUCGUCCAAUAUAGUUUCAUUCGCAAAAAAAACACUAAUAGAAUUCACCCACAGACACAAGCAGGCUGUGAUAUGGCAAUUCAUAAUUGUUAUUCGUUUCUCUAGUGAAUGUUGGUUAAUGGACCCUUUUGGUGCGGCUAGGGAUUUCGGGACAGCUACACCAAACGCUAAUGCUGCUAUAACUCAGUACGAAAUCACUAAAUCAAUGAAUCAUGUGCUACGUAAACGAUUAAUCCACCUGAUUAGCGGCGUUUCGUUCUUUCCCAUUCUAUUGAUGGUGAUUACUUUUACGUACGCGUAACACAUAGAGCCGCUAUCUACGAAGAGCUGCAAAUCUAAUAUAGUAAAUAUCAUCGACUGUGCGUGAAAUCUUGAUACAAAUAUCCAUUCAGAAUACUCAUGCUACUUGCCGACGCGGGUAAUCUGCAAGCGAGUAUAUUCUAACGUCGCCAAGAGAAACAUAAUGGGGGCUGAUGCUUGAUACAUGCAGGUACGGGUACAACCUGAUGUGGAGAUCUUUCAGGGAUCUGCCUUCAUGACGCGGCUUUAGUACUGGCCUCUAACGAGAUGCAAUACAGGUAACGAAAUGGCAUUGCGGUGAUUUUAGCUCAACUUCCGGUUGGCGUGGCGGCCAUUCAAUGGCACAUGUGCUACUGCCGUGCGAGUUGCCGUUCUGGCCAGAGGUGCAGGCGCAAAUAUCGGCGUUGCGAAGGAGUCGUGACGUAGCGCAGGUGAUCAGCGUCCUGCGAAGUAUCUACCGCAUAUGCAGCGCCGCUGUGGAGCAGGUGGAUGAAGACCGCGCAUCUGAGGACGAGAUGCGGUUUGACUUGUGCGAAGCAUUCCUCGAAGAUUUUGAAGACACCUCACAACUACUUAAUGUUAUUCUGCCUACCGUCGUCGACUUCGCCCGAAGAAUCGAGGACUGUCGCCCACAACAUUUUAUCUAUUCACUGCAAGCAGAAGAGGGCUCAUGGAAUCUUUCCCGCGAAUUUGUGGCCUCACUACUGGCACAUUCGUUACUUUCCACGUUCCCUCUGCGAACCCUUCGAAGUCACCCCACCUUGCAGGACUUCAAUCGAUGUUCCACCUACAGAUACCUCACAUCAGAUCAACACAAGCGGUUUCUAACCAACCUGCUGCGGUACUUCAAAGAAGUACGCAGCCAAAUGGACGGUUAUAUUCGCGUAACUAGACGUAUUCUGGUGCGCUGUCCACCGCUCACGGAAUGGGUAUGUGGAACAGCCCCUCUUUGUCCUUUAACGGUACGUCACGUUGCCUCAAUGGACGACGCAGAGCCGUAUCUUUACCGUGUACUGCCUGUGAACGCAAAUCUUGCUGUCCUUAAACAUGUCAAAUGUGCUGAAAACGAGUUCCUUUUGGAACAUCCCGAACUUUCUGUGCUGCAACUGUUUUGUGAGGCGCUGAAGGAGAAUGAAGUCCUCGUAGUAGAGGGGUUACGACUUCUAAGGGUACAAAGCAAGCUCAAACAAACAUUAGGCGGGUCAUCCAAGGCAUCAACUCCUGGAAAACUGGAAACGACCCACCUUAUCCAGAAGUCGACAUCUCACAGGGGUAUUCCUCUUCUUCCGUCGGAAGAAUAUCGUCUUAACUCAUGCGAGGAAUUGGGACUUUUAGGACUUCUAGAUGUCAUGACAUUUGAUCGAGAAUUUCUCUACAGACAAUAUCUUGAUGAGACGCUAAUUUAUAACCUCAAUAAGUGCCUUAAUGCUUUCCAACAAGCUACCCGAAGUGCUAGCAGUGGUGUGAACCAAGAUUCAGUUGGUGACCGAACGACAACGACGGAAGUGGUAGCCCCUCAAUGCUCCGGAGGGCAACCACGGUGGACCACACCGUCCCCGUUACCUACUUUGUCUUUCCAACAGAGUCCUGCUCAGCAGUUACAAAUGGGGCCGCACACAACUUUUUAUAGUGUCGGAGAAACGCGGAGCUCAGGUCUUCAAACGACUGAUAGUGGACACCUGAAACAACGCCUUCAAUGUGAAAAUCAAUCUGUGGGUAGCAGCAGUAUCCACAAAUGUCCGCAUAUCCUUUCUCCACUGACUUUGGCUGGAGGGAGCUCGCCCGACAAAAGUAGUCAGAGCUCACCUUUCACGCAGGGUGUUAUCGGUGAUAUGUCCGAUAAAAUCGAGUUUGCUGGAACCUCCGUGAAAUGUUCGGAAUGCAUAUUGGCGUCGGAGUCGGCGUCUGUUAGCAAGCGGCCGCCGUCUCCCGUUUUCGCACAAAGUUCAACCUCAUCCUCGUUUUCCCUGCCCCCCUCCGAUGAAGAUAGUCACGAGGCUGAAGAGAACGGAGAAAGCCGCCAACAACAUUCCAAUAAGAUGGUGGUAAGCGGCAACAGACCCUGUGUCCGUAAUGGCAGCGGGACGGGAAUCGGUGUUCCUCGUCACCUGCUCACAUAUAAUCUUUUACAAACUCAAGCAUUGCUCAACUUACCGAAACAUCCCUCGCCCAGACCAAGGAAGAGGACCGUUAGUGGGUCAACCAGUACGGGCGCCGACGACUCCGAAGCAACCCUGCUCAAUCGACCCGUAGGCCAGCCGCUAAUGCUGCCUAGAUCUCCUCCUCAAGUACAGCCAUUGGAAGAAAAAGUGGCGAAUUCCGCCAGUACCACAGUGUUUCCGGGCUACAUUGGUAAGCGACCUCCUAGCCUGACUUUGAUGUCUCGCGCUCAGGUGGUUCUCUCUGCGCCUCCAGUUUCCUCACCAAGACGCAUACCAAGUCUCCAGUCUGAGGAUUCUAGGGGCUCGUUUAGGACGGAUUCGGGGGAACAACGCACUCUUGCAUACCGCCCCUCGCGUAAAGCACAGGGUCAUGGAAGUCAAGAUGGAAUGCAUGACAGCACUCAUACGAAUUGCCAGCUUCACCGUUCACUAUCCAAAACGUCGCGGGCCUCAUCAUUUAAAACAACAUUAUCUAAACGUUGCAGUCGUCAGGUGUCUGCGGAGGACGAUUACUUCACUGCGGAAGAGUCAUUCGAAGAAGAUGAUGAAGAUCGUGCUCUUCCAGAUAAAGUAUCGAAGACUAUGGGGCAAGGAGCAACUGGGCAACAGGUUAGAAGCCUUCACAAAAAGAAGAGUUGGCGAACAGCCUAUUCUCGGUCGAGUCGAACAUUUGACUCUGAGCUGGAGGGUCCAUUGAUUCUGCAGUCUUCCGUUGACUAUCCCAAAGAACCGUUAGGGCCUGGCAGACAUCUGUUACGAGAGGACUCUGCGGGCAGCGCAGGCUUUGUCUUAGAACAGCGAUCGGGAUGUUCUCGUCGUUCGGACUCUGACAUUGCAUCUAGUGCAGGUCGCUUGUUUUAUCGGGAGAGGGCUGAGCGUGGUAAUUCACAGUUUAUGAGCGUAGAUUCGGCCUCUAAUAACUGCACUUGCACAAAUGGAGGCCGCCUUAAAGGCGGAGGUCGGCGCUACCACCGUCAGCUAGGUGGCCUCAGGGUGACUCAGGGUCAAUCUAGCAAAAGCCGCUCACACACUCAUCGAUCGCUCGACCGGAGACACUCAAGUGAGUGUAGUUCCUGCUGUGGAAGUUCAAUGGAAGACAUUGUCGAGGACCCAGAACUGUUGAGUCCAAUGCUCAACCCACUUCAUCCGCUCUGUUCGCCGCUUCUUUUUCGGAGAGCCAAUUCGGAGCCUUAUCUGUCUCUAAGCGCAGCUGCCAGCUGUUUUACAACUGCUACAGGUGAUCUUCGCGCAAAUCGAACAAAAAGUAGCAUCAAUCGCUCUGACGGUUCCGCCCCAGCCGACGGCCAUUGCAUACCGCCUACAGCUUUAACACGCGCGGAUCUAAGUGGUUGUCGACUUCGAAAUUCGGUUCUAUCAAUCUGCAUAGGGGGAAGGCCUGUGCCAAAGGCAUAUUCAUUUGACGGAGUCAACCCAAACCUUCCGGUCCCCUUUAAGGCAAAAUUCAGAAUUCGAAAAAAGCGGAGCCCAAGCGCUGAAUGCGAUAUGGCCUCCAGACACGCACUCACCAAAGAAGACCUCGACUACAUCAAACGCGUGGUAAGAGUGGAGAAUAGGCCACGUUCGUUGACCGAAAGCCAGGAUUCUUCUCGGAUUCAUGAAAUGCAACGGAACAAUGAACUCAACCAAAAGAUCUCCCCGUCGUUGGCCGAAGGACCAAGCGGAAUGCUUCCAGUUGCGUGUACUCGCUGGACAGCUGACGCCGAGUCGGAGACGGACGCUCAACUGGAAGCGCUGUCGUUGUGGCUCGCGGCGUCUGUCGCUGGAUUACCACAUCUCGUUAUUUAUACUCAUGGGGAGUCCAGGCUACAGCACCUGGGUGAUGUGUGUUCGAAGGCGAUGGAACGUGGAUGGUUGUGUGGCGAUUUAGCUGGCGAACUCGUCCGCUUCUGCCGAAACAAGAUGUCCAUUCAUAGGGGCGUUGGCAGAGUAUCUACAGAGCUCAGCCUCUUCAUGCAGAUUCUGCAACCUAAGCCUUCGUAGACGACGAAAAUGACUGCUGAUAAAAAACGAAGGCGAAGUUAGAUUAACGAAUAAAUAAAUAGAAAGAACACGAGCGCGAGAAAAAAGAGUAUUAAUGACAUUAAGCAACAGACAGCAAUUUAAGUACAAUAUCCUCUAAUUAUAGCGUACCGAAAAUGACACCGGCGUAUUAUGUGUUCAACAUAAAUUUUUAUGGCUCAACUAUUUUCACUACUGCGUACGUACUUACGUCUCUGGUCGUAUCCGCUCAAGAGGUACCACCUUUGCUCGGAUGAAAGAUCAUACGAGGCGUAGGUCUGGAGAACCAAAAUUUUCCUUGCCGUUCAUAGAAUUGCGCAUAAUAAUCAGAUGUGAAAUUUAACAGUUUGCAAUUCUCCAUAUCGGGCCAUAUCUUGAUUUAUCAGGCGGCAAUGUAGUGCCAAUUCUAUUAUAUUUCCAGCCGAACCGUAGGCUCCAAAUCAUACGUGCUCAUUAAAAAUCAUAUGAGUCGACAUUAUGUACUAAUUCAUUCCUUUCUCUGAUCACAAAUAUUGAGAAACCUUGGCGAAACAAUAGAGAUAUUAAAGAGACUUUUAUUACAUCUGAAGCGGUUCUUUUUAAGUUGCCAACAUGAAGACUUGUAAUUCGUCUGCAAUAUUAAGUAGUCUAUGAUCGCUGCAUAUGAUAAAUACUAUGAUAUUAUUGUCGUGAUCAUCCCUUAUGGUUUAUAUCGCCCGCAGCGUCGACUACGGCGUUACUAUACAAAUAAAGGUAAACAUAAAUAUGCACAAGCACAUUAUAAUGCAAUAUUUGACAUGCACAAAUGUAACGAAAACGAACUUUAAGAUAUGCAAUAUUUUAUCGGAAAGAAGGGGUAUGUUUAUAUUAAUAAAACUAAACAUAUAUAUAUAUAGUUAUGUACGAUUUUAAGUAUGAUAAUAAUGAGUGCAAUGUUAUCAAUGGAUGAAACGAGAAGAUUAGCAAUUAGCGGAGUAAAAAGCACUGUGAAGUCAACUGUUAUAGAUAAAUAUCGUUUUGUGAUGUGGGUCUUUAAUAAGAAAAUCGAUGAUUUUUAUAACUUUUGUUUAUGGUGUCACCAUCUUCGAUAUAUUGUUCUUUGUCAUAGAUAUUAAAAAAUUAGAUACAGGUUAAUCAAAAAGGUAGAAUUCGCUAGAGUUCAGGCAUUAGAAGGGCACUGAUUUAAUUAAGUGGCCCCUUGGAGCCACGUGUUUUAUGCAUUCAAGUUAUUAAUGCUUCCAUCAUUUAAGUUGGCAGUGAACAUGACUCUCUGAUGAUCUAAAUGUUGUGUAAGUCAAUUAAUUAAAAUAUCAUUUAUCUACUAAAAACGAAAUGCGAUGUUAGGCUCUAAUAUUGAGUUAACUUUGCACCAAUAUGCUCAACUUACAUGGUAAGUGAUCAGUUGAUGUAGACAAGUCGAUUCGCAUUUGUCAAACAUCGCUCUAACAGAUUAUAUUGAAGCAGUGGAAGAGUGUAUCAUGGAUAGAUUUAUUCAUUUUGCAUAAACAGAACGCUUGAUGCGUACUAGCAUUUGAAAUAAAGACAAUUAGGGUUCAAAUUGAACAAUUAUUUAGAAUAUCCAUAAUUAGACCAUAUUUAUUCUCGAACUAGCAGGUUUUUAGCAACUCUUAAUGCGCAUUAAUAAGUUUUCGGAAAAUAUUGGUGUCAGUCACAAAAAGGCGUAUUAAUAUUCAAAGCGGCAGUGUAAACAUUUGUGAUUGGUGGUUUCGCACAGGCUACAUUGUUUUGACUUUUCCUUAACAGAUCUGAAAAAUAAUGGGCAACUAUUAUUGUUAUUAGUUGUCUAGAAAAAAACGUAAACUCCAUUUUUUGCUACAAACCUUUAUUAUAUUUAAGGUUACUUUUUUAGCCUGCAACAUUGUCAACUUUCUAUGUCAAUUAAUGUUUACAUCUUACCCCAUUACCCUUUGCAGUAAUAAGCAGUUCCCGCGCUUGAUCUUACAUGGAUCAUUACAAUUUCUAUGAUCUUUUAGUAUAGUCUUGUAAUCAUUCUAGUCUAUGGAUAAAAGCUGACCUACAUCCACGUCAUACAUAAUUGAACCUGAAAAAAAUGUACAGGAAUAUGUUUAACCUAUGUACAAAUCAAGAGUAAAGUUCAAAUAGGAACUUACACCAAUCAUUAUAGUUAUCCGCCCUUUUGUCAGCACCUGCUUGAAGCUUAUAAACAAUUAACCAUUUCAGAUAUGAGAUACGAAAUUAACUUUUGUUCAUCCGAAUGAGCUGAUACACGCACGCACAGACACACACACACACACACACACACACACACACACACACACACUAUUUCCGAGGAUACAAUAGGGAUUUCGCAUACGUAACCUAGAUACUAUAAACAACGCAAUGCGCAGAAACGCUUCUUAUUCUGUAGUUAUGGGUGGGUUGUCAUAGUGUCCAUAAACACGCAACCUUCGUUGGUUCAAAAUCUAACGUUGAUAGAUUGGAUACUAUGCCGUUUGGUUAAGUUGAAGAAACCUUAGAUAAUAUAUCCAGCAAGAUUCAUCUCGGCGGAUUUUUUGGCGGGAACAAGAGCUUAAAUCUGUGCCACAAAAAUGAUAAUGAGAACAAUCAUACACAAUAGCAGCAACUGAAGGCAUCACAAGAUAACGACAACGCACUGUUCAGCAGUACACUGAUAUACAUUAUGGACAUCGUUUAGUAUUACACAUCUGCAGGAAAUCAAGCUAUCGUUACGAACAGCACUUUGGGGGCGUUUAAAUAGUUGCACUAGCUAACCUUGUACGUAAUAAAGAUGAUCUAGUUUCUGUGGAAGGUAAGUUUAUCUGACUGGUUCUGUAACAACGAUAAAAUCAGCGAUCUACUUCCAUCAAGGGGUGCUUAGAAAUGCCGUAGCCUUGGCACAUAAUAGAAGCAUAUAAGGCUCAUGUAAUUACUCUUCUCUAGUUAGGCAAUAGAAUAAAACAACGUUGUUAAUCAUUUUUCAUAUUUUGUAAUAAAGCAAUUAGCCAAAAGUACAAAGUAGCGUUUUUGGCGAAGUAGAGGAUUCAUAUCUAGCAAUAUAAAAUAAUGAUGACAGGUCGUUUAAAUAGAAAUCGCGUACACACAGGUCCAUGUAAGGCCACAGUUCACCCGAUGGCUGCCAAUUUCAAAAUUUCGUGGCGGAACUUCGUAAGUUUAAAGACAGUAAAUGUACGUUGAGUGCAGAAAAUUGUUGAUUCAACUUUGUCAUGGGUAUAUCAACAACAUGUGCCUAUAAGGACUUUUAAGGAGAAAUUUGAUUCUUCUAGGACCCGUUUUAUGACUAAUCCUUGGCGAAACCGCUUACAAGAUACAGUGGAAUUUUCCAUCAUAGAAAUGUAUUGGCACGACUGAUCCCACGAUGGACAACAUCGUUUGUCCCACUAUGAUGACUAAUUAGGAAUUUUAACAGGAAGGAGGUCAAGUGAUAUUCACGCAGCUCAAGCGAGGAACUGGCGUUAAGAUCUUACCAUUAUUGUAAAGAAACAAGUACAUCUUUGCUAAUUUCCGGCAUCUAAUUCGCGUAACUACCCUGCAAGUCUAGAGCUAUGUGCAUUGAUUAAAGGAAACUCAAUACAAGGGACCACUACGGGACAAAUACGUAUAUCAAGUUUCCUUACGUAGAAAAUAACCUGAUCGGGCGUGCACACUCAACAGCAACACGAAAAAUAUAAAAUAUAGAACAUUUUUCGAUUUUAUAAGUUUGACAGUACGAGCGAUAUAGAAGCGAAUAGUCAUAGCGUCAAUCAUAACUGUUAAGGGUCAUUCUAGUUACUGUGUAUCAGGUUUGGGGGAAGGGUAAAUGGCACCGGUUUGUCGUGUCAAUAGGCAUAACGUCAGGACAUUAUCACAAACGGUAAUGCUCGUCAUUCGUGUUUAAAUAUAUAUACUAUUCAGGGUAAUUAUUUCGGAACUUCUGAACAGGAUCAAAAUGUAACACAUUUUCCACCAACCUUUUUUCCAUAUAUUGAACGAAACGACUAACAUUUCUUAUCACCUAUGCUUGCUUAGCUCUCCACUUAUGGAAGGCCUCGUUCUGAAAAUUCUGCUUUAGAAAAAUUGUACAGGAAAGAACCCAGCCUCAUAUAGCAUGAACAAGGCAGAUGCGGUAUGGAAUGGGAAAGCAGGUUUUGGCAACUUCUUUCACAAUAAUUGUGUCGUUUGCUUACAUCAAGCUUAAUCAGUCUCGGCCAUAGGAAGUCUUCAACCGGCGAAAAAUCGGGGUGAUGGAAUUCGCUAGUGUGUUCUUAGAUACUACAGGCUCUUGAGUAACUAAAACGUGAAGCAAUCAAUACAAACAGAGCUGCUUCAAACGUUUUCUCAAGACGGUGCAAAAAGCUCUUGGAAAUUACAGCCUGCAUACGGUGUAGUGUACGAUACCGUCUUAAGCAUUAGGCCACAAUGAACAUUUUAGCUCGGUGAUUCAAUCUUCUCAUUGAAGUCCACGAUAAAAUUGUUACACUGAUUUGUGUGAACAGAAUUCUUAGUUGAAGCGUGAGCAUCGGACUGACGGUAUUUCAUCCGGGACGCAAAACCCUACAUCACAUGGACUAUUACGUACUGAUAAACAUAUCGACCUAAUGUGACCCUACGAUCAUAGUCACAAAACCUAAAUGUUUCUCAUUUGACGUCUACUGUCGUUAAACACAACUUAGGGAGUCAACAUGAUUUACGCUUAUUCUGUACACAUUCUAGAAACUGUAUCAGUUGCCCCACCAUAUCAACAACACAAACAAUUAGUGGGUGAUUAGGUCUAUUUGUUCAGAGAGACAAAAUACUAGAGCUACACGAAUAGAUGCAGGUAUAGAUACAUGAAAUAUAAUCAAUCUUGCGUAGCUAAGCGUAAAUAAUCGUAAACUUUUCAGGAACCCUUGUGAAAUUUUUGAAAACACUUUCUCGAACAACAACAGCAACAGAACUAACCUCACAGUGCUUUGAGCGUAUUUAAAAUAACUAGCACGCAUAUGAAAAAAGAGUGUUGUAUGUAAUUAUAGAUUGUUAUUACUAUUUCUGGAUAUUAAAAAGCAACGUUGUUUAGGCUUAUAUCCCAAGGUUUGAAGUAACAAAGGUCCGUUCAUCUGUAUACCUUCAUAUGAAUUGAAAGAGUCGAACGAAAUCCAGAAGCCAUCUUAUAAAAUAGAUGUCUAAAUUUACUGGAUCUUUUCGAUUAUUACUUUUUAUUACACAGCAUCCAUAAACCUUAUCUUCACAGGAUCAAUUUGAAAAAAUUUAGUGAUGUAAAAUUGUACUAUCGUUGCAAAAUUGCAAAUCGAAGUAGAAAUGGGCCUAACAUCGUGGCCCGUAAAAGUUUUUCGGCAAUUUUUUUCUUCUACUUUUACUAUUGCUGCAUCUUGUGAUCUCUCGUAUAAAUGUUGCGAACGAGAUUAAUUUGUGGUAUUACUGAAUAAAUUCUAAUAGUUCAGUCUUUUCUACCCGUUUGGAAAUUUCUGAGCAGGUCGCUACUUGUAUUACGAUAAAAACUUCUUCUUAAGUAACUGCAUAAAUUUACUCAACAAUUUCCCGUCAAGUCUGAUGAAAUAUUCAAGUAUAUGCCAAAACAGCAACAGGCACAAUAUUCAGUUCGCGAACAUUUGUCAUCAUAAUAUUCGCAAAUUCGAAAAGAGAGAAAUGUGACCGAUAGCUGCUUGCAAGUGGUUUCAUGUGAGAAGUUAUACAAAUGUUGGGCAUCUGCAAAGUGUGGCCCAAUAAAUGAAUAUUUGGGCAAACGAAGCUUAUUAUCGAUUGGAUGUCUACAGGAUAUGUUUCAUAUGUGCAUGGCGAAAUUGUUCUGAAUGUUUGAUUUAAAUGGGUAUUAAGUUUAGGCAACGGUUUUUCUGUUAUCGCAUAAAAUUAUUACAGGUUUCGCAUUGUCUUUUUUAGAUCGUCAGGUCUUUUUAUUUCUAUUUAGUAAGCCAGCGUGAUUAUCAGCACAUAUGCUCUUGGGCUAUUAAGAUAACAAGCUAUACGCUAAUAUUUCGUUUAACACUGCCUGCAUGAAGACAUUUCUUACACGUUUAUUCGUAGUUGUUGCUACACUUCAUCGCAGUGUUGAGUCCUAUUGCUCCGUUAAAGGCAUGUAAACAAUGGGAGAAAGACGCGUCUUUUGCCAUGGUAAAACAUAAGACGCCACACUUCCACUAAAACUUCUCAGCAACGAAAGGCUUUUAUACGUCUUGAUCGUUUGAUUUUCCAUAAAUUUAACCAUGGAAAGCUCGGCACCAGUGCUUAGCCAUAACCGGUACAUAUUGUAUCUCUUACUUCAAUCGUCACUAACAAUAUUCAAAUUAAGUGCCGGUUUUCUUGUUUAGUACUGUUCACAAUAAAACGUCUUCCUAAAUCAAUGAAAUAUCAAUAAUCAAUUUUUAACUCGACCAGUAUACAGUGCGUACUCUCUUUUAGCACUGUCUGCGAAAUUUUAAAUCGUUGAGAUCAUCGAAAAUAAUUCAGCAGUAAUUUCUUUUAUCCUGAACAGCAGUUGGUAACGGAAGGCUCCUUCAUUGUUCGCUAUAGUGAAAGGCUAUAUCUGUUGAACACAAUACAAAGAUCAAUUGAUUGUAAUGCUUUUGGGUGUCGAAAAAACAAAGUUUAUAAAAGGAAGGGAUAAAAGUAACGACAUGAAACAAUGAAGAGCUGUUGAACCGGCAUAAACUGUUUCAUUUUGAAGGUAAGGGCGAAGCUUGAUUUACCCUUAUACGUUAAUAAUCAGACUAAAUCAUCGACGAAGUAUAGCAAAACAUCACAAUAAACCGCAGUAAUUACAGACUAGCUUCUUCAUUGAUUGUAAGUGCUACAAAAACAAACUCUUCAGCAGCUGGCUCUAAAAUCUGCAGGUGCGAUAAAGUCUAAUUAGUGACGGGCGUUUGCUUUCACCAUACACAUAUAGCAAAUAAACUUUAAUUCGUGCUUUGUUUUUUUUUGUUUUUUUAGAAAUAAUCAAUAGACACAUGUACGCUGGUUGUACUCUCCUUUCCCAUAAA